GUGACGGUAGUUUUUGAGCCAAUCAGGAAACGUUUCCCCGGAUGUUUGCUAACGCGCUAUUGAGAAGCUAGGCUACACAACACGCUAAAAUAUCAGUCACCAAAACCUCCAAACACCUUACAAUCUCGUCACAAACAAACCGACGCCGAGUAUAAGAGCGAAUCUUACAAUGGAUAUUGAAGAAAACACCACAGUUUUUUCCACCCUGAAGUCCUUCAAUUCCUUCAUCGGCUGUUCUGGACGUUCACCCAAUCUUCUGGGCUCCUCAACGGGAGUCGGCACCAACCUGCAGAACCAGUACAAGCGCAGUAUGGAGUUGUUAGAAGCGGCCGACAGGGUCCAGUCGUGCAGUCGCUACCUGAAGCUGGACCAGGAGAAGAAGCAGAUGGAGCUGAGCCACAAGCGUGUUCGUGUGGAGCUGGAGAAAAGUGCCAGUGAGACGGCAUGCAACUUAAAGCAAUUGGAGGGGGAGUACAGUGAAAUGGCGGCACGGGUCAAAAAGUCAGAGGAGCGCGAGGCAGAAGCCGCCAAGAAGCUGGGGCAACAAGUCGAGGUCAACCGAGAUCUCACCAAGAACCUGGACAGCCUCGGGAAGAAGCUGGAGGAGCGAGACGCCCAACUCAACACCUCUAACCAGACCUCCAUUUGCCUUAAGGAUGAGAUCAGGGAGUUGAAACAGAAGAUUCAAAACCUGGACUCAGUCGUUUUGACCACGAAGUUGGAGAAACAGGCACUCCAGGAACAGCUAGACUUACAGCGCAGGAAGUACCAGGAAGUGUUUCAGCUCUGCCAGAGUCUCCAAGCAGCACAGUCAUCCUGCUCAGAACAUGUCAUCAAGAUCAAGGAGUUGGAAAGGCGUCUGUCUCUCCAGGAACAAGACUUUGCCAUUGUAAAGAGCGUCAAGUCCGAGGCCACCAGGGUGCCGGAUCUAGAGAAGGAACUCAAGCGCCUACGAGAGGAAAACGUUUUUCUCAGGGAGAGCAGAGAGAACUGUAGCCUGCUGAAAGAAGAGGCCGAGAGCCUGAAGAGGAAGUUGGACCGUAUGGCCAAGACCAAAGAAGAUUUGGUCAACAUGGAACUGGAGAAGGAGAGGUUGACUGAGAGGAUCAGAGCUUGGGAGAACCUUGGCCAAUCUACUGGACUUAAUAUCAGGAAACCAGAGGAUCUGUCCAGGGAGGUGAUUCAGAUCCAACAGAGAGAAAUUUCCUUGAAAGAGCAGAACUACACACUCAACAGCCGUGUUCGGACCGUGGAGCGCACGCUGUCCGAGUUGCAGGCGGAGAUUUCACAGCAACACACAAAAACGCUUGAGGAGCAGAAGAAGCGGGAAGCACAAGAAAUACUCCUCCGUCGGCUGCAAAAGAGGCUCCUGCUACUCACAAAGGAGCGAGACGGCAUGCGCGCCAUCUUGGAGUCGUACGACAGUGAGCUGGCGCCCACUGAACACUCCCCGCAGCUUGGCAAACGUCUGAAGGAGGCAGAGGAGGUGCUUCUCAAGAUGCAGAACCUCAACUCGGAGAUGGAGGGGCAGCUCACCAAAGCACAGGACGAGACGGGCACGCUCAAACUGCAGCUGCAGACCAUGCAUUUUGAGAUGGAGUCUCUGCGUAAGCAGCAGGCCUCAAUGGGUGACAUCACCUCCUCAGUGAGCAAAGAAGAGGUUACAAUGCUCAGACGGAAAGUUGAAGAGCUCGAGAUGGAGCGGCAGCGUUUGGAGGAACUGAAAGAAACACUGGAGAUGAGACUGGAGCGACACAACCUACAGGGGAACUACGACCCACUCAAGACUUGCGUGCUCAACUUCAAGAUGAACCCCACGGCAGUGGCCAAGCAGCAGCAGCAGCAGGAGACUGAGGCCCUGCGGCAAGAAGUGGACCGCCUCCGGGAAGUGGUGCGCAAAGUGCAGGAGGGGGGGCGCGGGGCCCACGUGGAUGCUGUUCUGCACUCGGCCAACCUGAGUUUGCCACCACCCAAGGAGGUCCUGGAUUUGCUGAAGCAGAUUGAGCGGUCAGAGCUCAAGAACCAGCGUCUGAAGGAGGUUUUCCAACAGAAGAUCCAGGAGUUCCGCACCGUCUGCUACAUUCUCACUGGCUACCAGCUGGACAUCCCGAUCGAGAACCAGUACCGGCUCACCUCCGUCUACGCCGAGCACAUGGAGGACUGCCUUGUUUUCAAAAAGGGUCCCUCCGGAAGCAUGGAGCUGAUGGAAACUGCAUUCUCCAAGACGCUGGGAGAGCUGGUGAAUCUGCACCUCCACCACCAGAACAGCAUCCCCGUCUUCACCUCUGCUCUCACCAUCGAUCUCUUUGGACGGCAGACCAUUGUCGCCUAACGCCGUGCUUCAGCUUUUUUAUUUCUUUUUUUUUUGUACGCUUUUCAGUUUGCGUUUUCCUUUUGUAAUGUUUUUUUUCGUGCUUCCGAGUAUUUAAAUUCAGAAUAACUUGAACAUUUAACAGCACUAUCUCUGGGCUGAGACUAGUUGGUCACCUGGUGGUGAAUCGAGUCUCCACUGGUUGCAGAGACCGUGAGAGCUCUGUGGUGUCACCUGGAGACUAGCCGCUUUGCUAGAGAGUAGUGGUGAAAUCAAAUGUUUGAUUUCAUUGAACAUCUUUUGGGAACUCCUCUGUCCGCUCUCUAUUGAUAGAAAGUUGCUUUAGAAUUUAACAUUAUCAUUUACCCGCAUUCACGCAGCAUAACCCCCAAAAAAAGCAUUUUGCAAGGUGCUUAAUGUCGUUUUAAACAGAUAAAAAGUUUUGACUGAGGUGUUCGUCAUCCUCUUGAUUUCAUCAUCUCAUCAACGAUGAGCAUCCUCACCGAUAGCUCGCCAAUAUUCGUGAACUGCCAGAAUGUUGUUGAGCUUAGUGACUGCACAUACUGUGACCGCACACUCCCAGACGUCCUCGCAGAGCCGAAAGCAAUUUUGAAAGGUCCCCUUUUAAGACUACAUCAUCAUCUGUAGCCAAUAAAUCUGGAAAGGUAAUUCAGCUGCAUGUUUAAUGCACCACAACACUUGGGGAUGCUGUUUUUUUUCCCCCUUCUUCCCCAUAGAGAAGAGUUGAACGCCCGCAGGACGACCCAUCACUACUUCUUCUUCUUCUUCCUCCUUUCUUCACCUUCUGUUGAUGUGAGCAUCUCUCCCUCUUUUUCCUCGUCAGAUAAAGUCCCAGCAGAGAUGCACACAGCAGCUGUCGUGUUGAAGUGCAGCUUUUGGUUUCUUCGUUUUAUUUUUUUUAGUGAAAGAUGUGAUUGGCCAAUAAAUAAGAUUUGAUCGAACCAACCAACCGACCAAUCCCAGGUGUUGUAUGUAAUGGCCGACAUGUAAAAUAACCAAUAAAAACUAAGCAAUAA